CGCGCCUAACUUCCUCCAAUACCGACGCACCGUUGCGUAAUUUGUUUCUCGCACAAACUAUUAUUAUCCUAUGCGAUGAUGUGAGCUGAUCGGUAGACAUCCACUUCGCAAAUGACGAUGACGCCACGCACGAUGGAAGUUGAGGACAUGCUCCCGAGUGCGCCGAAGUCGCGGUUUCGUCCCAAGCAACGGAUCAGUCACACAAAGUCUAGAAAUGGCUGCUAUAAAUGCAAGCAGCGUCGCGUCAAAUGUGACGAGGAACGGCCAACGUGCGGUGCAUGUUUCAUUCGUGGUGAAGACUGUGUCUUCCCUAAUGUAGGAGGCACACGUGACCAGAGAAGAAGACAGUCACCAUUGCCUCGCGAGAGACUAUCGUCCGACAGAGUUCAUGUUCAGACGCGCGAAAAUAUACGGGAGGUGCCAUUUCGCCCAUUAAUUUUCAAUGUGGCGCCUUCUCAGGAACCUCAGUAUGUCGGCAAUCAACCAAAAUCUAGCCUCAACAUGAGCGAUCUGAAUCUACUUCAACACUUCAUCUUGCACACUUCGAAAAAGAUGUCUCUGCACAAGAAUAAAUCGGUGGCUUGGGGGCGUGUUAUUCCGGAAAUGGCUGCAGUCAAUGAAUUCCUAAUGCACCUCGUCUUAGCCCUGGCUGGCUUAGAUAUUUUGACCAGUGGAGAUGCUUGUGCUGCGAAUGUUCAAGGGUCUGCUAGUUCUUCCAUGCCUACAUGUGUACCCAAUUUUCGGUCAAUCAUGGAGCACCAUCAACAAGGGUUGGCCGGUCUACAGGAAGCGCUUUGUGCCACCAGCGACCCAGACGCAGAAGCCUUGCUGGCCGGGUCUUUGCUGGUGGUGGGCUUUGCAUUUGCAUCUUUCGGGAUCAAAGAUCUAGAUCCAUCGACACCUUCACUUCAGGAUACCUUGAGUUCGGCAAAUGCGUCACCAUCUCCUCUUCUCGAUGUUAGCACAAUGCACUUGCAAUGGCUUCACCUUGUUCGUGGCGUCACGUCUAUCCUGAGACAAUUUUGGCCAACUUUGAGAAGAUGUCGCCUCAGGGCGCUACUGAUUCAUACCCAUGCCAAUGAUGAUUGGAAGCUUUGCGAAGAACAUCUGCGGUCAAACAUGGUGUCUGCCCAAGUCAUCCGAUCAAAGAGACUUCGAAAGUUCGUCGCCGGUGCUAAUAGUGCCAUUUCGAACUUGCGAGACCUAUGCGCAACACUCCGCCAAUCCAGCAACUCCAAAGAAGGCGCUGAUGGCUCGCCACUGAGUGUGACACCUCAAUCGGAUCAAAGUGGUCAUCUGGAUCAAGAUCUUCCCGACGUGUACGAACAGGCUAUGGGUGUGGUUGAUGAUCUCUAUAUGAGAAUACUCUAUGUAGUGCAGAUGAAGCCACUUGACUCUCACUCUAUGUCCGACCUCGAGCUCCAAGCUGAGCUGGAAGAUGCGGCUGUUUCAGGCUGGCCCGCUCUUCUCCCUGAAGACUUUAUCUCUUCGUUGGACUCGCCAGGGACGGACACGCUUCAUGCUGUGAGCUUGGUGAUUUUAGCGCAUCUGUACUUGACUAUCGCCAUUCUGGACGAGGUGUGGUACUGUGGCAAGAGAUGUGACACUGAGAUCUACAAGAUUAAUACUCUGAUUCUUGGCCUGGGCAAUACGAAGCUCGUGUCCUUGAUGGAAUGGCCAAUCGAUGUCAUUCGGUGAUGAGAUAGAAAUGCUUCAUAUCAUGUCGGCGACUGAAGUGUGCGAACGAAAUGAUUGUCAAAAUCUCAUCGGGCUUUUUUGAACCAUACCUUUUGAAACAUUCCACUGAAAUGGGUUGUUUAUCAUCCUAUCGCCAAUCAUAAGAUAGGCUGACAUAACCGAAGGACUAUGUCCCGGAGGGUUGACACGCCGUGGCCAGUGGCUGGAUCCCAUAUCCUGACUGUUAUAUCAUAUGACCCCGAAGCUUGGAUUUUCCUUUCUUAUGUCUAUUUAUCGUACAUCAUUUGAAGAAUGUAAGAUGAGGAUAAUUACCUCGUCGUCUAAUCGCGAGGAAAAGUUGUAUUAUGUUGAAUGUAUGUCGUUAGUCAUGUUGAAAUUAUAUGAACGCCCGGCG